UCCCAUGCUGUCCCUGCUGCAGCUGACCCACUGCUCCGUCCUCCACAGACAAGCUCCAGGAGAGCCGGUGUUAGUGGACGAGCAGUCAGCCAGCUCCUUCCUGUCCCGCUCACUUCUCUACAACCACUUGGACUUUGAGUUGGUGGUUCCUGGCAACCUGGAGAGGGAGUGUAUGGAGGAGGUGUGCAACUAUGAGGAGGCCAGAGAGGUGUUCGAGGACAACGACAAGACGCAAUUAUUUUGGAGCACCUAUACCAACAAUCACGAGUCUACACGCGGACUGGAUGUGUCCGGCCUGGUGGCGGGGAUCGUGGCUUUCGUGGUGACUGGUGUUAUUGUCACUGUGCUGGGAGUCUACUGCUACAAAUCCAAGAACAAAGGUGGACGCAGGCCAGCCCAAGCUCCGGUGAUGAUGGCAGCAGACGGGGGUCCAUCAGCCCCAGAGAGCGUGCCCCUGGCUGGGAUCAUCGCCCCAGCCCUACCCAGCUACAACGAGGCUCUGAACCGCUCCGGGCAGCACGACGCCCCCCCACCUCCUUAUUCAGGGGGCGCGCCAUCAGAAGCCACCGCUCCCGCAGACAACCAAUGAGAGGCUUGCAGGGGCCAUUUUAUUCUGGUGAUGGUUUGAGUGAACUUUUUGGAAUACCGCAUGUUUUUGAUAUACUGUAUUUAUUAGUGAAGUGAUGACACAAUCUCAGAAUGGACACCCGCUGACCGUAGGGUUCCGCACAUCGUCUGUCCACUACACACAUGAUGCUCUUGCGGUUCAUUUCUCAGGUUGCUCUGUAGGCUACACACUCUGUUGUGUUUGUAAGACAAUUUCAUUUAUAGAGA